AAGCGCCGUUAAUAUGGACAUAUACAUAUUUAAUUGAUAUGGGGCGUUAAUGCAAUGCCUGAAAGGGCGGUCUGGAAAUCCGGAGGGGGCCAGGGGCUAUGUGAUAUGUAUAUAUCCGCACAUGGCCAUAGCGUCGGACCCAAGCCGUCAUCCACUAUUUCGUCCUUAAAAACGUGACCAGCCGCGAUCGAUUCGCGUCUUCAUAGUGGGCCGACGAAAAAGGGAAAUAAAAGGCUUGCUUGCAUACAACACGAUAAAAGCAGUUUUAAGGUUGGAAAAAAGAGCUGAAACCGAAAUCGAAAUUUGCGACUAACGCAAGACCCUCGCGAUGGCUUCGCUAAACACGAUUCCAUCCAAGAGGACGUUGGUGCUGUCGAUCGCGCCGGUUCUGGUAUCCGCAUAUCUCAUAUAUAGAUUUUCACCCCCGGGCUUCCUCACAUCCCGGAGAAAAUCGAAUUCAGGUGAACGGCCCGGACCACCACCAAGAAUUACAAGAGGUGGAGAAUGGAUGGACGAAAGCGAUGAAGUGAACGUUAGCUCCGAAGAAGAAGAUGAAGACGAGACUCCCGAUGACAGCUCAGACCUCCGUCCUCCUUAUGAUUAUUACUGCAUGUUCCGUCCCUUCUUUGACAUUCAAAAUGAGAAUGAGGACAAGGAUGAGGACGACCAGCUUGACGACGAUGACCUGCUUGAAAAAUACAACCAGGAAAUCCGAGCUGAAGAUAACAUUGAGAUGAAGCCAGCCACCGAAUAUCCAGAUCAUCGGUGGAUCGCCAUGUGGGAGACCUGGAAGCUGUUUUCCGCAUGGGAAAGGCGGGCAUCGUACACCAACCCCGACUUUUUCAAGAUGCAUAUUCACAAGCACUUCCACGGCCAGGGCAUGCAGGAAAUGAUUGAGAAUAUGCUCAUUGCCUUCGACAAAGAAUUUACGCGGAAGAAGCGUAGCAAGAGAGCCCUGAAGCAAAUGUGGGCGAUUGUAGCCGCCAUGAUGCAGUGGCUCUUGGAAAUCCCCCUCCAUGGGUGGAUAGCCACGGGCGACGUGCAGAGGAUAAAUACCACCGUUAACCUCGUUGGCCGUGCUCUGCUCACAGUGCUCAACGAGCUUGACCGGGCCAAGAUGCUCAAGGCCGAUUCCGAGAUUAAAGACCUAGGGCUGAUCAUGACAUUCUAUCUUUACUGGGUUGAAGACCUAGAGAUCCCGGAUCUCGAGCUGCCGUACCGUAAGGAAGUCGUCGGCUACGCGAAGAAAGCCGGUAUCGAUCUUAGCUUGGCCGGAUGCUACGGCACGGAUGAGAAAGUUAAGGCGCUAGAAAGGGCGGCCGGGGGCAAGAUCAAGCCGAUUUCUGGCACGCCGAAGAGCGACAGGUGGGAUUGGAAGAAGAAGUUCAAGAAGUUCUCCAAGGAGUACAGGAUCGGCGGUGAAAGAUUCAACAUCUUAAAGAUGUCGCGGGACGAACGCGCCGGCUACGCGUUCGACAAGAAGGAUCCGCUUGCCGACAUUUCAGACAAAGCUCUGCAAGAGGGCAACGUCAGGGUGAGGCCUAAAAGAGGCGCCACAUCUCACUAGAUGAUGAGAUUUUUUCGGGUUCUAAGGGAGGGUCUCGUGCUGUUUUCUCGACGAAAAAAAAAGAUGACUUAUCCCCGUAAGCUCGAGUUCCAUGUAUCGUCUCGUUCAAAGACGGAGACCGCGGGGGCUGUAACUAACUAGUGGAAUCUCGGAUUGGCCCUUUGUGGAAUUACCGAGGUGUAGAGAUUAUAUAUGCCAUUCGCCUCUUGUUCUUACGAGAUACGAUUUGUACAUAGGGACAACGAAUUGAAGUAGCUUACUGCUUCACCUGAUGCUUUUUGAAAUGUGAUGACGGCUCGCAGGCUUGAGUGAUCACCAACUGACCCAGCAGCCAACACGUACAAUCACGACACUCGGACCAAUUCCGAAGCAUCUCGAUACUUGGCAACCAUCACCUGCAUCGUCUCCAGAAUACCUUCUUUCCCACACCGUAGAUUGCGUGCUCAUACAGGGGGACCAUGGUCCGAUUUCCCUAAUCCCUGCCUGUGGAA